UCUUCCGGAGGCGCGUGCGCGGGCUGCAGGGUCUGGCCGUCUGUCAUGGGCUUCCUUUUGCUGCUCGCGGUUCUGUUCCCUCUUCAAGGCGGCCCGUGGCUCCAGCUAGGAAAUGCACAGACCACUAGCAUGGUCCAGCUGCCUGGUGGGAGAUUCCUGAUGGGAACAGAUGCUCCAGAUGGCAGAGAUGGUGAAGGGCCUGCCCGGGAAGUAACAGUUAAACCCUUUGCUAUCGACGUAUUUCCUGUCACCAAUAAAGAUUUCAGGGAGUUUGUCAGGGAGAAGAAGUACCGGACAGAGGCUGAGGCAUUUGGGUGGAGCUUUGUCUUUGAGGAUUUCGUCUCCAGUGAACUGAGAAACAAAGCAAACCAGCAGAUGCAGUCUGUUCUCUGGUGGCUUCCAGUGGAAAAGGCUUUCUGGAGGCAGCCUGCAGGUCCCGGCUCUGGCAUCCGAGAGAGGCAGGAGCUGCCGGUGGUGCAUGUGAGCUGGAACGACGCUCAUGCGUACUGUGCAUGGCGGGGAAAGAGGCUGCCCACCGAAGAGGAGUGGGAGUUCGCUGCCCGAGGGGGCUUAAAGGGUCAGGUAUAUCCAUGGGGGAACAGAUUCCAGCCAAACCGCACCAACCUGUGGCAGGGAACAUUCCCCAAAGGUGACAAGGCAGAAGAUGGCUUCCAUGGGCUGUCUCCAGUGAAUGCAUUCCCCCCACAGAAUGACUAUGGGCUCUAUGACCUCAUGGGCAAUGUGUGGGAGUGGACCGCUUCAAUGUACCCGGCUGCCAACCAGGACAUGCGAGUCCUCCGGGGUGCAUCCUGGAUUGACACAGCGGAUGGUUCUGCCAAUCAUCGGGCCCGGGUCACCACCAGAAUGGGCAACACUCCAGAUUCAGCCUCAGACAACCUUGGCUUCCGCUGUGCUUCCAGUGUAAGCCGACCACCCCGGGAACUGUGAGCAGCCAUCCAAACUGGCCACUUCCCUCAGGCCUUAUUCCUCAGAGCACGCCCCGACCAUGCUCCAGAUGCAGCCAAACCGUGCCCCUCAGUUCAGCCUGAAGGGCUGGGUGGGGUGCCCUCCGCUCUCCCUUCCCCAUACUCAAGGGCCCAGCACAUUGACUGGGCUGGGUGCUGGGCACUGGAUGUUUCUCGUUUACAUGAACCACCUGGGGACCAAAUGCUGACAACUGGAACAGUGUUUCUUAAAUAAAUAAUUCUGUCUCCUCCC